AUGGCGUCAGAGCUGACAUACCGGCGACACGAGACGGAGCAACCAGAAGCGCAAGCGUACUACCCGAAGCCAAUCAAGCCGUGGUUCGUAGCGAUUCGUCCGAUCCGUUACAUGCUCCGGGAACAGAGACUCGUCUUCGUCCUCGUCGGCAUUGCAAUCGCCACAUUAGGUUUCACAAUUUUCUCUCGAUCAUCCAACCAACAGAAUCCCUACGCGGAUCCGCUAUCCGGAUACGGGAUGAGAUCGGAAUCCUCGUACCUCCCGGCGCAGAGGAAAGCAAUCAAUAGCAUCGAGUACACGAGCCGGAUAGGAUCGGCAGGGGGGAAAAUCCCUCUGGGUCUGAAACGCAAAGGUCUUCGGGUCGUGGUUACGGGCGGGGCCGGUUUCGUCGGGUCACACCUGGUGGACCGGUUGAUCGCGAGAGGAGACAACGUGAUCGUCGUUGACAAUUUCUUCACGGGUCGCAAGGAGAACGUGAUGCACCAUUUCGGAAACCCGAAUUUCGAACUGAUCAGGCACGACGUCGUGGAACCGCUCCUCCUGGAGGUUGAUCAGAUCUAUCAUUUGGCAUGCCCGGCCUCUCCGGUUCACUACAAAUUCAAUCCGGUGAAGACGAUCAAGACGAAUGUGGUGGGAACGUUGAACAUGCUGGGUCUGGCGAAGCGAGUGGGCGCGAGAUUUCUGCUGACGAGCACGAGUGAGGUGUACGGAGAUCCUCUGCAACACCCUCAGGUCGAGACUUACUGGGGCAACGUUAAUCCCAUCGGUGUUCGGAGUUGUUACGACGAAGGAAAACGUACGGCCGAGACUUUGACCAUGGACUACCACAGAGGCGCUAAUGUUGAGGUAAGGAUUGCUCGGAUCUUCAACACUUAUGGCCCAAGGAUGUGUAUCGAUGACGGUCGUGUGGUUAGCAACUUCGUUGCGCAGGCAUUAAGAAAAGAGCCAUUGACUGUUUAUGGUGAUGGUAAGCAGACAAGGAGUUUCCAGUUUGUCUCUGAUUUGGUGGAAGGUCUAAUGAGGUUGAUGGAGGGAGAACAUGUUGGUCCAUUUAACCUCGGUAACCCUGGUGAAUUCACCAUGCUUGAGCUCGCCAAGGUGGUGCAAGAGACGAUAGACCCGAAUGCAAAGAUAGAGUUUAGACCAAACACAGAGGACGACCCACACAAGAGGAAGCCAGACAUCACAAAGGCCAAAGAGCUUCUAGGAUGGGAACCAAAGGUGGCUCUACGCCAAGGACUCCCUCUUAUGGUCAAAGAUUUCCGCCAACGUGUCUUUGGCGACCAAAAGCAGAGUGGCUCCGGCUCCACUUCUGAGUAA